UGGGCCUGCGCGUGGGGGCCCCGGGCCGCGGGGACGCUGACCGCCCCGACCCCCAAACCCCCAUCAACAAAAAUGAAAUCAAAACUGGGGCUCCAGCUUUGCGGAGCGGGGACCCCGAUUCUCACUCUGCGGUGGCUGGGCCUUCCCUCCGCCGCAGGGCCCGGCUGGGUGCAGUGGGAACAGUAGUUUUAGGGGAACCUGAAGGUCACCGAGUCUGUGCCCUUGAGCGCCCAAAGCGAAUCCUGGGGGCUUCCGAUGGGCAGCGCCGUGAUGGCGGGGUUUCAUGCAGGCGGUCAAACCGGGCCAUCCGAGAUUGGGUGCACACAUAAAGUAGUGCCCAUGACAUCUCUUUGAGCCUUAAUGGCCUUUGCCAGUCAUGACCUCAGUCUGUCUUGAGCUUUUGACAAUAAUAUACAUUUUAUAUAUGUUUCAGGAAUAUAUAUAUUUAUUAUUGGUCAUGGUAUGCAUAAUAUAUGUAGAAUUAAUACCUGAUUGAAUAAUUGUGAGCAUCAUUUUUUAAAAAUAUGGAUAUUCAUAAUGAAAAUGGGUGCAGGGACCUCUUUGGAAUUCAUCGCUGCACUUUCAAAGAGCAAAUGUGAUGUUCACUUGCAAUUUGCUGCAGUCUAAUAAUUUCACGUUUCCACAAUAGGAGCAAAAAAAAAAUUGUUUUAAGAGCAAGAAAAAAAAAAAAACCGAAAUGUCUUACCAAUUGGAAUUUAUACAUCUGUAUCUUGCCAAGUAAUUAAAUAGUGGGUGGCAAAAUGUAUGUAGUGAACAAAUAUGAAAUGUUGUAAAGCCUUUUUUUUUUUUUUAGUUAAGAGAACUAUGUUGGGUCAAGGUGAGAGAGGAAAAAGAAUAAGAGAGUGAGUGGUUCCUGAAAGAUUCAGGUGUAUAAUUAGAAUUAAUUGGGGGGGGGGGAAACAACCCAACCCUGUUGCCGUGGAGUCGAUUCUGACUCAUACCAACCCUAUAGAACUUAGACUGCCCCAUGGGGCUUCCAAGUCUGUAAUCUUUAGAGAGGAAACUCUUGUAGUGGUUAAGAGCUACCGCAUCUAACCAUGAAGGUGAGCAGUUCAAAUCCACCAGGCGUCCCUUGGAAACCCUGUGGGGCAGUUCUACUCUGUCCUAUAAAGGGUCGCUAAAAGUUGGAAUGGACUUCAUGGCAACGGAGUAAUCUUUAGGGAAGCCGACUGCCACAUCUCUGUCCCGUGGAGCUGCUGAUGGAUUCAAACCACCUACCUUUUGGUUAGCAGCCAAGUUCUUAGCCACUGCGCUACCAGGGGCCCUUAAUUGAAACUACUGUGCUUAAAAGAAAGCCUUGGAGGGAAGACUGGCAUAAAACUAAGCAUGUGGAAUGGUGUUGUGUGCCAUGGAGUCGAUUUGGGCCCAGGUGACAGAGUAGAAAUGCCCCAUAGGGUUUUCAUGACUGUUUUUUUAAUCUCUACCGGAACAAGUUGCUAAGUCUUUUUCCCCCUGACUGGCUCGGUGGGUUCGUACCAGCCACCUUUCAGUUGUGUACCAACUUACAGCAUUUUUAUGUGUAUUUGUUUUUGGUAUUGUCAGUUUCGCAGGUAGAAUGAAGCCCAUCAAUUUAUCCUUCGCAGCGUGUGGGUUUCUGGGCAUCUACCACUUGGGGGCAGCAUCGGCCCUUUGCACACACGGCAGAAAGCUCCUGAAGGAUGUCAAGGUCUUUGCAGGGGCUUCUGCGGGAUCCUUGGUUGCCACUGUCCUGCUAACAGCGCCAGGAAAAAUAGAGGAAUGUAACGAAUUCACCUACAAGUUUGCGGAAGAAACCCGAAGGCAGCCUUUUGGGGCAGCGACACCCGGUUAUGACUUUAUGGCCCGCCUGAGAAGUGGAAUGGAGUCGAUUCUUCCUCACAACGCCCACGAGCUGGCCCAGAAUCGACUCCAUGUAUCCAUCACCAACACCAAGACCAGGGAAAAUUACUUAGUCUCCCAUUUUUCCUCCAGAGAAGACCUCAUUAAGGUUCUCUUAGCCAGCAGCUUCGUGCCGGUGUAUGCAGGCCUAAGACCGGUGGAAUACAAAGGCCAGAUGUGGGUUGAUGGCGGCUUCACCAAUAGCCUCCCCAUCCUGCCUGUGGGCCGGACAGUGACCAUCUCGCCCUUUAGUGGACGCUUGGACAUCUCGCCGCAGGACGAAGGGCAGCUCGAUCUGUACAUCACGGUCUCCAAACAGGACAUAAUGUUGUCUGUGACCAACUUGGUGAGACUCAGUCAAGCCCUUUUCCCACCAAACAAGAAGAAAAUGCAAUCACUGUACCAAUGUGGCUUUGAUGACACCGUUAAGUUUUUACGGAAAGAAGACUGGUUUGAAUAGAAGGCUUGGAAGUUUAUACCACAGAGCAGAUGUCUGACAGUUUUUGACAGAGGUUUCCAAUUAAAUGUUCUGUUAGUUUUUAUUUUUAAUGUAUCAGGAGUUUGUCAAUUAAUAAGUAAGGAACUAAAAGACGAUUUAUUAGAAUUUGAUAACAUUGUGAACAAGGCUAGAUUCAGCAGUCGUUUGGGUUUUGUGUGUGUGUGUAGUGAAAAUACGCAUAAGAAAGCUUACGUCUUCUCCACAACUUCCACAGGUACAUUUCAGUGACAUUGAUUACACUCUUGAGGUUGUGCACCCAUUCUCUCUAUCCUUUCCCAAAUCAUUUCCCCACCAUUAACACAAACUCAUUGCCCCUGAGCAAAAACUGCCCCCUCUUUCCCACCUCUGCUAACCACUAAUAAUCUUUGGUUUCUAUGUAUUUGUUUAUUUCAUACAAGUGAGAUCAUACAGUAUUUGUCCUGUUGCAACGGAUGUAUUUUGUUCAGCAUAGCGUCUUCAAGGCUUCUCCAUACCAUAGUGUGUAUGGGGACUUCAUUUCUCUCUAUGACCGAGUAGUGUUCCAUUGUGUGAUUGAUAGUGUGUGUUUUGUUUAUCCAUUCCUCUGCUGAUGGACAUGUAGGCCGUUCAGGUGUCGUUUUCAGAGAACGAUGAUGUCCUUCUGAAAGCUGUUUAAAUUUAGGAGUGCAGGCUCUUUGGGAAAGCCAAGGAAUGGUGGAAGGGGUGUGAUACCUUGAGGAUCCUCCUGGGGACUUUGGCCGCACUCUUUUGACAUAAAACAUGGUACUUCCUUGAGUUACUUGUUUCUGGUAGGGCGGAACGGAAGGACCAGCGCUCUUGGGCUGAACUGGGCCGAGGAGAGACCCCGCUGUCCAGGGCACUAAUGGUGGCAGAGAAGAGAAUUGAGAAGUAGACAGCCUCAUCAGAGACUUUGCCCUCUUUUCAUGGUGGUGGUGGUGGUGUCCGGUACAGUCGAGACUCCAACUCAUGGUGAUUCCAUGUGCGCAGAGUAGAACCGCUCCACAGGGCUCUAAAGGCUGUGACCUUUCAGAAGCAGAUCUCCAGGCUUUGCUUCUGAGGCCCCCUAGGUGGGUUUGAACCUCUAACCUCUAGGUUAAUAGUUCAGUACUCAACCAUUUGAGCCACCUGGGGGCUUCUUUUCUUUUCAUAACCACGUGCAAUUGCUCCUGGUGAUGAGGGAAGGAGCGCAGAUAAAACUGUUAGAAGCCCAGGGGGUUUGGGAAAACUAGGAGUGUUUUCUCUACUCUUCAGUGAGACUCCCUCCCAGCCGAGAUUAUCAGGGUGUUCCAUGUUU